AUGAAUUGUUCGGGAAAGAACGCCAGACCACCCCGUAGCCAAAUCUUUGUCCUCGCAGUGAAAGAGCACACGGUUGUCGUCAUCGUGCAGCCGACCCAGGGAGCCGAGAGGCAUCGGCACAAAAAGACCUUCAAAGGGCGAGCUCAGGUUGCGGUCUUCCAUCACAGUUCCUCGCGAGGUUCUUGCUUUAUGACAUUUAUUUCGUCUCGGCGUGACCAAGACCGAAUUCCCAUUCCAUUGAAACGAACACCUCAUCAAAUGCCUCCCAACACGGUGAAGUCGUCUUCGGACCACGGUGGCGUCAAGGGCAACAACAACAGCAGCAUGUCAAGCAACAACAAAAAGCCCGAUGGCUACCAACGUGCCGCAUCUACGGGCCACAGUCCGACGUCCGUUCAAAAUCAACGCGUGGAUCGAUUUGGCUUUAUUACCAAUAUCGACAACGCCACGGGCAAACUGUCGUCGAGCGACACGGCCAAGACACCCCCCGCUACUGAAGACAUUGCCGAAGAAAACAAACGAGUCGAACGCCGCGAAAAGAAAUGGAACAACAUGAUGGCAUCCUGGGACACGACCAAUUCACGCCGUCAUAAACUAGUCCUCAAUCGGCUGCGAAAGGGUCUCCCCGAUUCCAUGAGAGGCAAAGUAUGGCCACUCCUAGGAGGUGUCCCCAAGAAAAUGAGGGAGGGCAGUAGUACCAAGGGAAUCUACAAGGCACUACUCAAACAGUGUGAACAAGACAACCAACAUGCGCUCGAUCACAUGCCACCCGAAGGACCCAACACGAGCAUGUCACAGGGACUCAUGGUACGAUCCAAUUCCUUUCAGAAUAUUCAAGAAACCAUUGAGCGGGAUAUUCAUCGGACGUUUCCUCGGCAUAGCUUGUUUUAUGACGAAGAAAAUCACAAGGACGAUUUGCCAACUCCAAAAGCGCCCAAAAACAACACUGUCGCUGUGCUCAAGCCACCCCAAGAAGAAGACGAAGAUGACUCCCAGCAAGGGCUUGGUGCGCUCUGCAAUGAAGACUUGUCCACGUUGAUUAUGGAAUUGGACUUUGUGGAAGACAAGAAAAGCAACAAGGGGGAUUCAUCAUCAUCCAAGUCAUCCGCCAAAAACAAGAAGGACAAGGCCACGCCAACGAAACCAGCGGUGCCGCUCAAGGGUACUUGUGAAUCCAUUGUCGAAGCAAAAGGGGGGCAAGCAGCGCUCCGGCGUGUUCUCUGUGCCUACAGCUACUAUGACCGUGAUGUGGGAUACUGUCAGGGAAUGAACUUUAUUGCCGGCAUGUUCAUUACCAUUAUGAGCGAAGAAGAAGCAUUCUGGAUGUUGGUUGCUGUCAUGAACGACGAUCCUUGUCGCAUGAGGGGACUCUUUGGAAAGGGAAUGGCAGAAACACACAAGGUCCUUUAUGUCGCGGAAAAACUACUGCAUCACUUUUUACCAAAGCUCGCAAAACAUUUAGACAAGGAACAUGUGCAUGUCACCAUGUACGCGACACAGUGGCUACUUACACAGUACACAUCCAGUUUCAACUUUGAUCUCGUUACGAGAGUUUGGGAUUGUUUCCUCGUCGAAGGGUUCAAGACUAUUUAUCGUGUCAUGCUCGCCAUCUUGCAACAAAUCCAGCCCAUUCUACUCAAAAAGUCGUUUGAAGAAAUUCUGGGAUUCUUUCGAGAUUUGCCCGAUCAGGUAGAAGGCAAUGAAAUUAUCGAAACGGCCAUGAAAAUUCCUCUCAAACGCAAACAUAUUGCCAAGUACGAAAACGAGUGGCUGGCCCAACAGCAACAACAACAAGACAACAACAACGAUAGCUGA